AUGUUACCCUUUUCAUAUGCAAGAGCUGAGUCUAAACUCCUCAAGGAUAUUGUUGAAGAUGUUUUGCAAAAAUUGGCUCCUAUGUACCCUAAAUGCCACAAAGGAUUGGUUGGAAUUGAGGAAAAUUAUGAAAAGAUAGAGUCACUGCUAAACGUUGAGUCAUAUGAAGCUAAAAUCUUGGGAAUAUGGGGCAUGGGUGGAGUAGGUAAAAGCACCCUUGCUCGUGCUUUAUAUGACAAACAAUCUCAUGAGUUUGCAGGUCAUUGCUUCCUUGAAAAUGUAAGGGAAGAAUCAGACAAGCAUGGAGUCAAAGCUUUACGUAAUAGACUUUUUUCUGAGUUAGGAAAACAGAUAGAUCAUGCAACAAACAUAUUGGAAGCUUUUGAUUUUUCUGCAACAUCUGGAAUAGAAGUCCUUCUGGACAUAGUUCUAAUAACAAUUUCAGGUGGCGAUCAACUAGAAAUGCAUGACUUGAUACAAGAAAUGGGUUGGGAAGUUGUUCAUCAAGAAUGUAUCAAAGACCCUGGAAAACAAAGUGUUGAACAUUCAAGGACUUGA